CCUCCCUCUUUUACUUUUUUCCAUUAUUCUGCCGCCUGCCACCUGCCUGCACCUGCACCUGCCUUGUUCGUAUUUAACUUGCGACACGUUGACAGACCAUUUCCUCCUCCUACAUCUACAAAACCCCCCUCCCCCUCCAUGAAUUUUCUACGACGCUUCACUCCGCUUCGAUCAUUCUCUCGAACAUUCACAACAACACGCGCCAUCAUGUCUAAGCUUUACGUUGGAAACCUGUCCUGGAACACCACCGAUGAGACUCUCCGCCAGACCUUCAGCGAGUUCGGCGAGGUCACCGACUCUAUCAUCAUGCGCGACCGUGAUACCGGCCGUGCCCGUGGUUUCGGUUUCGUUACCUUCAGCACCGAGGAGCAGGCUACCGCUGCUGUCGAUGCCCUGAACGAGCAGGAGCUUGACGGUCGUCGCAUCCGUGUCAACGUCGCCAACGCCCGUCCUGCCGGCGGUAACGGCGGCGGCUUCGGUGGUGGCCGAGGUGGCGGCUACGGUGGUGGCCGAGGUGGUUACGGUGGCGGUGACCGCAGCUACGGUGGUGGUGACCGCAGCUACGGCGGUGGUGACCGUGGUGGUUACUAAGAGACUUGACUUGGCUUUUGACUUCUUCACUUGACUUCCGGAUCACCAGACGCGGGUUGACAUGUAUCGUCGACCCCAAACGAAAAAAUAAUGAAUGGAUGAUGGGUUUGGCCGCUAAAAACCCAGUCGCUUGAGAUUGACGGUGGAGAGGGACUUUUCAAAGAUACCAUAAGACAACAGACAGAACUCUGAACUUUUUCUCAUCAUCACUGACCACAUGGGUGAUGGCUCAUGCUACUUUUCUUUUUCUUUUCUUUUACCAACAGUCGGAUGCGCAAAGGAUGGGCGAUGUAUUCUCGUGUCGCUGUCAUACCUGAGCUGAUGCUCCCCAUCAACACUCGAUGCUUCUCCCACCUGCGACGCUACACAA